AUGAUUGUUUUAGUGAACUUGCUUCUGGUACUGCUUCUUCACAUGGUACACAAAGCUCACGUUGACAACUGUAGGGUCAGAAAACCUUACCCUCCACUUCACAAGUAUCAUCAGCCAGGAGACCUCCUCAUUGGGGGCAUUGCUUCUUAUAGUACCUUCGUCUCCAGUCCAAUAGACUUCGCUGAUGAACCCCCUCCACCAUUAUUGGAGGAACUUGUGGUAUUGCCAAAGCAUUACCAGCACAUCCUGGCCCUGGCAUUUGCAAUAAAGGAAAUCAAUGAAAACCCUCAGAUCUUACCCAAUAUUACCUUGGGCUUCCACAUCUAUGAUAGCUAUGACAAUGCAAGGAAGACCUAUCAUGCCACAAUGCUACUGUUGACUACACUGGAAAAUGUUGUACCUAACUAUGUAUGUGAUAUCCAGAAUAAGCUAACAGCAGUUAUUGGGGGACUGGACUCUGACAUCUCCCUUUAUGUGGCAAAUGUCUUGGAUAUACAUAAGGUUCCACAGCUCAUCUAUGGCUCUGCUCCCAUUAUGAAUGCUAAAACUCCAGGCCUUCCCUUCUACCAGAUGGCCCCUCAGGAAGCCCUUCAGUAUGAGGGGAUUCUUUCUUUGCUCCUCCAUUUCAGUUGGAGGUGGAUUGGGGUCAUUGUUACAGAUAAUGACAAUGGAGAACGAUUUCUGCAAAUUGUCAUUCCACUAUUUUCUAAGAGGGGUGUCUGUUUUGCCUUCAUAGAAAUACUUGCCAAAAUAGGUUUUGUCACUGAAAUUAAUGCUGUGCUACACCAGGGAGCAAAAAUACAUGACAAAGUGAUGGUCAGCAAAGCCAACAUUGUGGUGGCAUAUACAGAAUCUUAUUCUAUGGCAUACUUUCUAUGGCUUCCAUAUCUAUCUGAACAAGAGCACAUGACAAAGAAUGCAAAGGUAUGGAUUACGACAUCCCAGAUGGACUUCACUUCAUUUGUCCUUCAAAGGAACUGGGAUACAGGGAUAUUCCAUGGCACUAUCUCCUUCAGAAUCCACUACAGUGACCUACUAGGAUUUCAGCAAUUUCUUGAGAGCAGAAACCCUUCUAACACUGAAGAAGAUGGUUUUAUCGGGGAGUUUUGGCAACAGGCCUUUGGCUGUGUAUUCCCAGAUAGCAUUGUGGGCAAUGUGGAUGGAGACAUUUGCACAGGGGAAGAGAAGCUGGAGAGCCUUCCUAGAUCAUUUUUUGAAAUGGGCAUGACUGGCCACAGCUACAGCAUCUACAAUGCUGUCUAUGCUGUGGCCCAUGCUCUACAUGCCAUGUAUUUAUUGAGAACCAAGCAUGGAGCAAUGUUGAACAGAGGAGGGUGCAAGCUUCAGAAUCUACAGUUUUGGCAGCUCCAUCACUUUCUGAAAGGUACCAUGUUCAAUAACAGUGCAGAUGACAAAGUUUCCUUUAAUCAAAAUGGGGAGCUAGUUGCUGGAUUGGAUAUAAUCAACUGGAUUAUUUUCUCCAAUCAAUCAUUUCAUAGAGUAAGAAUUGGAAGGAUGGAUCCCCAUGUUCCUGUAGACCAAGCAUUUACCAUUGAUGAGGAUGCCAUCACAUGGCACAGCUGGUUUAAUCAGACCCAGCCUGUUUCUCUGUGUGUUGAGAGCUGCCAUCCAGGUACUCACAAGAAGGUGAAAGAGGGAAAGCCAUUUUGCUGCUACGACUGCAUCCUAUGUCCAGAAGGAAAGAUUGCAAACCAGGAGAAUAUGAAUGACUGCAACAAAUGCCCAGAAAAAGACUAUCCAAGCAAGGAUCAUGAUUUCUGUAUCCCCAAGAUUGUAACCUUCUUGUCUUAUGAAGAACCUCUGGGACUCAGUCUAGCCUUUUUGACAUUUUCCUUUUCUUUCAUCACAGCUGUGGUGCUGGGGACAUUUGUGAAACACAACAACACUCCCAUAGUCAAAGCUAACAAUCAGAGUCUCACCUAUACUCUCCUCUUCUCCAUUCUCCUCUGCUUCCUUUCUUCACUACUAUUUAUUGGCCGUCCUCAGAAGUUGACGUGUCUCCUCCGACAAACUGCCUUUGGCAUGACCUUCUCAGUGGCUGUUUCCUGUGUAUUUGCAAAAACCGUUACAGUGGUUUUAGCUUUCAUGGCCACAAGGCCAGGAUCCAGCAUGAGGAAAUGGGUGGGAAAAAGACUGGCUAGCUCCAUUGUUUUUUCCUGCUCUCUCAUCCAAGCAGGCAUCUGUGCCAUGUGGCUGGGAACCUCUCCCCCAUUCCUGGAUGUUGACAUGCACUCAGUGACUGAAGAAAUUGUACUGCAAUGUAAUGAAGGUUCUGUGACUAUCUUUUAUUCUGUCUUGGGCUACCUGAGCUUCCUGGCAAUUAUCAGUUUCACUGUGGCUUUCCUUGCAAGAAAGUUACCUGAUAGUUUCAAUGAAGCCAAGUUCAUCACUUUCAGCAUGUUGGUCUUUUGCAGUGUUUGGCUAUCAUUUGUUCCCACCUACUUGAGCACAAAAGGAAAAUACAUGGUAGCUGUGGAGAUCUUCUCCAUCUUAGCCUCCAGCUUUGGGUUGCUGGGUUGCAUCUUUUCCCCCAAAUGUUACAUUAUUAUAUUUAGACCUGAGCUGAAUAAGAAGAAGCAGCUAAUAAGAAGAUAA